AUGGUAUUUUGCAGCUCCAAUUGUUAUACGCAGUUCGCACUUAAUACUAAAACCCGCGUAACUGCUAUCGAACUUAAAGAGAUGGACAAGAAAUAUCAAAAUGAAGAGUGUAACGGCGAAGAACUAGAAUUAUUCAACGCUCUUCAUCUACCGUCAUCCAAUGACAACAACAACAGUCAGUUCAGUCGCGGCAGCCUACACCCAGAAGCCGCUCCCGUAUCGACCUCGACCCCUGCCAUCAUCUCAAGCUCAGCAAUAGAUGACGUGAAGUUUGAGGCGAUAAUGCGUUGCAUCGUCCGUGUCGCCGCCGGCUGCACGCGGCCGUAUUCGAGUGGCAUGCGAGAGAAAGUGUUUCAUGCCCGCGAUUUACCAAAACUUCUGGCAAACGAAACAGCAAAAGAAACUGAACAAGCUAUCGUAACCAAGGUGUGUGAUCGAACAGCUUUCUAUAAGUUCACUUGGUAUUCUUGUUCUUGGUCAUCAUGA